UGAAUGGGUAUAUAACACACAACUUUAGAGUGAGAACCUUUGUAACGACUGUCGGCUUCCACCAGGCAAAAACCAUUAUCUUUCUCUCUGACACCGUUUCUCUCUCUAAAGUUUGCAGCUUUACUCUUCCUCAUCAAAACCCUAAUUAUUGGUAACUACUGAACACUGAUCGAUCAAUUGGAGCUGGAUCCUCGAGCGUGAUAGCACAUCUAGCCAGCUGUUGAAAUGAAGGGGGUUUCCAGCGUUUCGGCGGGGAGCAUUGGCAUUUUCGUGGAUACCUGAGAUCUAUUUCUUCCUGGUACAGGCGAAGAUUUGGUAUUUGGUUGAUAUAUUAUCAUAGGAACUAGGAAUACUUCAGGUUUUCAACGUAAUGGCACAUAUUAUGGCAAGUCAGUUUAAUGGUGGGGCUUAUCCAGGGUCAUCACAUGAUUCUUUGUACAAAGAACUCUGGCAUGCCUGUGCUGGACCACUUGUGACACUUCCGCGAGAAGGGGAAAGGGUUUAUUAUUUUCCACAAGGUCAUAUGGAACAGCUUGAAGCAUCAACCCAUCAGGGGCUGGAUCAGCAGCUUCCUUCAUUUAACUUGCCGGAUAAAAUUCUGUGCAAAGUAAUGAAUGUUUUUCUUCGGGCUGAACCUGAGACAGAUGAGGUGUAUGCUCAAAUAACUCUGCUUCCUGAAACAGAUCAAAGUGAAAUUACAAGCCCCGAUCCUCCGCUGCCUGAACCAGAGCAAUGUAACGCCCACUCGUUUUGCAAGACGCUCACUGCAUCUGAUACAAGCACCCAUGGUGGAUUCUCUGUUCUUCGGAGGCAUGCUGAUGAAUGUUUACCCCCUUUGGAUAUGUCUCAACAGCCACCAUGGCAGGAGUUAGUCGCUACAGAUCUUCAUGGCAGUGAAUGGCACUUCCGUCAUAUUUUUCGAGGCCAACCUAGGCGUCACUUGCUCACAACAGGGUGGAGUGUUUUUGUUAGUGCCAAGAAAUUAGUUGCUGGAGAUGCUUUCAUCUUCCUCAGGGGAGAAAAUGGGGAGCUCCGGGUUGGAGUAAGAAGGCUAAUGAGACAGCUGAACAAUAUGCCAUCUUCUGUUAUAUCAAGUCACAGUAUGCAUCUGGGAGUUCUAGCUACUGCAUCACAUGCCAUCUCAACUGGUACCCUUUUCUCCGUUUUUUACAGGCCAAGGACAAGUCGGUCUGAGUUUAUUGUGAGCGUAAACAAAUAUAUUGAAGCACAAAAUCACAAGCUCUCUGUUGGGAUGAGGUUUAAGAUGAGGUUUGAGGGUGAGGAAGUCCCAGAAAGAAGAUUUAGUGGGACCAUCAUUGGCCUUGAGGAUGACAUGCCAUCUAGAUGGCCUGAUUCUAAAUGGAGAUCGCUGAAGGUUCAAUGGGAUGAACCAUCUUCAACCACGCGCCCUGAUAGGGUUUCACCUUGGGAGAUUGAACCACUUGUCACUUUAUCACCUCAAAUGCCCCAGCUUCCCCAAAGGAACAAACGCUCACGCCCACCAGCUCUACCUCCGCCUGUACCUGAGUUUUCUUCAAUAGGUACGUGGAAACCGCCUUCUGAUUCUCCCUCAUCAUUCUCAUACUGUGAGACAUCCCGUGGGACAGACCACUUCCCACCUUCCGCUAAACUCACAUGCGGUUCACGGGCAGGCGAGACUGGUUCCAGUAAACCAAUGCAAUGUUCUAGUCAUCUUGAAAAAGACUAUAUUGCCCCUGUCAGUGAAAAGAAGCAAUCCAAUGGCUAUAGACUGUUUGGGAUUGAGUUGAUGGACCAUACAACCAUUGGAGAAACUUUUGUUUCUGCCCCUCGGACCAUGACAGAAGAUUGUCCGACUCUAUGUUUAGAUGCUGAAUCUGACCAGCAUUCUGAACGGUCGAACCCCAGUCGAUCUGAAGCUCCUGAAAUCAGCUUUGUCCAUGAAAAAUCACCUAUGAGGUCUCCCCAUGAGUCACAGAGCAAGCAAACUAGAAGCUGUACCAAGGUUCACAUGCAAGGGAAGGCAGUUGGGAGAGCUGUAGAUCUUACACGGUUUGAUGGGUAUGAUGAUCUGCUCAAGAAAUUUGAAGAAAUGUUUGAGAUUGAAGGUGAACUGUGUGGAUCCUCAAUCAAUAAAUGGCAGGUUGUCUACACCGAUGAUGAGGAUGAUGUUAUGAUGGUUGGAGAUGAUCCAUGGCAUGAAUUCUGCAACAUGGUCAGGAAAAUAAAUAUCUUCACCAUUGAAGAAGCAAAAAUGCUCUCACCUAAAAUUAAGCUUCCCCUCUGUGAAGCUAAGUCACGCAAACCAGUUUCUGACUCGUCCGUUGGCACCGAGGAACUUAUGUAGGGAGGUGAGGCUAGUCACCAUGCGGUAAUGCUGUUAUGUGAAAAUUACAAGAUUAGUGGUUCUUUUUGGGGGUGGGGGUGGGGUGGGAUCGGGGUAGACAGGCCUUGAAUUUUACAAUCUUUGGUGAUUUUUCGUUUUUGGCUACAAGUCAUGGCACGGCAAGGACAUGGCUGGGAUAAAAUGGCAACUCAUCGAUGUAGGAUGGGUCCCAUAUCGAUUUGGAUAACGAUUAAGAUCCUAGAAUCGCAUAUUAUUUUAUAUUAUUAUUAUUAUUAGGUAUGAUUUUUGUGUGAUGGGAUGUCUGGUUUGAACCUUAGAUUAGAUUGAUGAAGUUAGGCUGUAGCCUCUAAUGGAGGGAAGGGAGGAAGAUGGACAGAAACUUGUUCUGUUUUUUUUUGCUAUUUCUUCGUUGUAUCAUUGAGCUAAUUUUGUAUAAAUCCCUCGUGGUGAUACUUGUGCCUUUUUUGGUUGUAUAUAUAAUGUUAAAGAAAAAAAAUGAACUUUUAGUCGCUCAAUUAUACUCCAUAUUGAAUGUAGACCUGUAUCUCAAUUUUUGUAAAUGUCGCUCCUUAAUAGUGAAGUGGAUUACAAAUUUGUCCUUCACAUUUGUUUGGUUGGUUAUAUUGCAAACAUGUUAAGAAUUUG